UUCCGUUUAAAAUUGAAAGAUUGCUCUCUGCUCGCUCACUACCUCUCGCUCUCGCAUCAAGGAGUCCUGCUUCUUGCUCUUGACGGCAGGAUACCGGGUACGCCGUCUUCCUUGGUCUUGGUCUUGGUCUUGGUCUUUUUCUCUCUAGAAUUUUUGGCACUCGUUUUACUCUGCCUGUUAUCGUGGGCGAGUUUUUGGAUAUUAUUGAGCGUUUUGGUCUCUGUCUAGAGCUUUAAGAUGAUCUUGGUAUCUGUCUUUACAAUUUGGUGUGAGCUUGUUGGUAUGCUGUAGAGAAUAAUGAAAUUCAAUAGGGUUUUGCUGUUAAAGAGAUAUAAUGUUGUAGAGAAUAUCAAUACCCAAUUAACAGGGUCUUUUCUUUUCUUCUUUCUUAUUCCUAGAAUUGGUGGUUUUUUUGUUUUUGUUUUUGUUUUUAUGGCGUUAUUUAUAGCCGAUUUUUCGUGUGAUUUGUGGUUUUUUGACUGAUCUUUAGUUGGAUCAAAUAGGUGGUUUUGUUCCUUUUUAUUUUCUUUUCUUUUUUGUUCCUUUUCUCAUUUGAUAUAGUUUUUACUUGGAACAAUACACAAAAAAUACACAAAAAAUAUUCAUCAAAAAAUGAAUAUUCAGAGACUAAUCUAUCUCGAUGUUUCUUAAUUUGACAUGGACCUUGAUGUUGAAAGUUUGCGAUGUUGAUUUUACCCCUAAAUGGAUAUUUUUUGAUGUUGAGUUUUUUUAAAAAAAUUUACCAAUUUAAAUAUGCGCAGAUGUCCUGGCUCUCCCUUUUCUUUUAGUUAUCUUGUUAAUGGCCUGCUUUUUUUGUCUUGGAGAAAAUUUUAUAUGAAGUGAACUAUGUUAAAUGAUUAUAUGGUUGAAUACUGUAUAUUCUUUUUCUUGAUGCUCUUAAGUGUAUGAAUGUGAAAGUUGGAAGUACCCAAUAGAGGAUUUCCUUUUGUUAUUUUCUUUUUUUUUAAAAAUAUUUUUCAUUGACCUUUUUCGGCCUUUGUUUUGAGAUGAAGGUUUUAGUUGCAUAUGAGGAAUCAAUGUGCAAAUAUUAAUCUCUCUUAUGUUUCUCUUAUUUAAUUUUGGGUAAUAAAUGUGGAACUUUCGUGAUUUUGAGUUCAUUUACCUUUAUGGCAAGUGAUAAUAUGAGCAGAUGGCCUGGUUUUGCCUUCAUUCUUUGUUCUUUUGUUAAUGGCCUAGUAUUUAUUUCUUAGAGGAAAUUUAACGGAAAUGAAUCAUAAUAAGUGAUUUUCUGGUUGAUUGAAAUUUAUUCUUGUUUCUUUGAAGUGUAUGAAUUUGAAAUUUGGAAUUACCGGAUUGAGGAUUACCUUUUGGGUUAGAAGUAAUUUAUAAUAAUUCAACCUUUAACCAUAUUUCUUGUUUUGUCAUUUCUCCCACUCUUAUGCUGCUCAGCUGCAUCAGUUUAGUUUGCUAAGUUGGUGGUUGUGUGAGUGAAGGGCUCAUGCUCUUUCUUGAUGUUUAAGUAGGUUUUGUCCACUCUUCCUAUUGUUGCUUAGAGCUUCUUGAUGGCAUUUGGUGUUAGAGGUUUUUUGAUAAACUAUUUUUGGAAUAUAUGAGCUGAUUUUUUUUUUUUUUGGAAAAAAUGAGAUAUAUCAACCCAUGGUGACCAUUUUUGUCAUUUCUUCCGCUCUUCUGCUGCUCAAUUGCAUCAGCUUAGUUUGCUAAGUUGGUGGGUGUGUGAGUGAAGGGCUCAUGAUCUUUGUUGAUGUUUAGCUAUAUUCGUCCAUUCUUGCUAUUGUUGCUUAGAGCUUCUUGAUUGGCAUUUGGCAGUAGAGAUUAUUUCGAUAAACUGUUUUUGGGAUAUAUGAGUUUUGUUUUUGAAAGAAUGGGAUAUAUCGGCUGAUUGUCACCUUCUUUUGUCAUUUCUCCCACUCGUGUGCUGCUCAAUUGCAUAAGCUUAGUUUGCCAAGUUGGUGGUUGUGUGGUUGAAGGGCUCAAUUAGUUUGCUUGGUCAUUUUUCCCACUCUUUGCCUCUCAUGUGUUGAAUCCAGGGACAUAAGAAAUUGAUACUAAAGUUGCCUCUUUCACAUAUAAGAAACAUAUCUAAGGGGAGCUAGAUAUUGCUCCCCUUGAUUAUAUGGGUAGAAAACAACACGUAUUCCCCUGUGUUAUCCCAGCUGUUAACAAUGUUUAUCAAAUUUGAGAAUUAAAAUUUUUGGUUAGGGUUUGGGCUUCAAGUGAAAGAUGAUAUUGGAAUGUCAACUGAUGAUGUUUGGGGACUCCUCCAAUUUGUUUUAGACUGGCUAGGGCAAUUAAUUAAUAAUGUGCAUUGAUCCUUUCCAAACAUUUAUUAUGUGAUAGGCUUUAUCAACAUAAAAGUUUUAGUUAUAAAGAGAGAAAAGGGAAAUUAAUGUUCUUAGUAUAAAUAUUAGUGUUAAGUAUCAUUUCCCAGUGUUAUUUCUAUAUUUACAUUAGUGUAAACAUUAUUUCUCUUUAUAUUUCUCACUCUUAAAAAAGGUAAAACAUAACAAAAAAAAUAAAAUCACAUUACACUGAUUUCGUAGAGUACAUGAAAUUUAGCCUAGCAAAUAUGAGGGUAAUUAUACAGGUAUACUAUGAACUUCUCUGAAAAUUUUCUUUCAUGUGCCAAACAAGACAAUUGUAUCUGCAGGUUGCAUGUAGAUACUAUCCAAACAUCAGAAACUUAUUUUCCAGGAAAUGUAUUUCCCCCCCAGUCACGUAUUUUUGCCAUACAAUGUACUUCCAGGUACCCAAACGGCCCCUUACUUGAGGAAAUAUAAUACCGUUUCGAGGGAGAAUAGUCAGUUAUCCCAUUGCUCAUGUGAAGCCAAGGAAGCUGAUACUUUAGCAAAGAGGCUGCCCAUCACAAUUCUUUGGUGGUUAAAAUAUUUCUUUCGUGAUUUGGAUCGUUCUUUGUAAAUCAUAUUGGUUGUACAUGUUUUGAAUGUAAAGAAAAGUCACCGUUACUAGGUGGAAAAAAAAAGAAAGAAGGUCCAACUGUCUGAGAAUUCGUGAAUUUUUCAUGGAAUAGUUUUAAUUUUGUGGUUGAGAACAUGGAAAAGGAUUUAUAUUGUAUUUUAUCCUUUUACUAAUCGUUUCAUUAUUUAUAAUGUAUGUAUUAAUUUAUUUACAUUAUAUUAAUGCAUUACCAAUCUCAUUGUAAGAAAUAACUAUAUAGAUACUAUUGUUGUUUCAUUUGUAGUUAAUAUUAACUCUGCCAUUGCCGGUCCGAAGCCCGGAUGAGAAAGGACGAGGGUUUUGCUAGGUUGGUAGCCAUCGAAAAACCUUUACAACGUUCCUAUCAUGAAUCUCGAGUCUUGUUCCAAAGUUUAGCACACGUUUGGAAGGGUGAUUUGGUUCAAGUGGAAGACCAUAAAAGGGCAAGGGGAAGGCCCCAAAGGACAUGGAUGGAAGUAGUGCCUUACAGAGCGGAAUGGCGGAACAUGAUUCGUGUAGCAAGACCCCAAAUAUUUUGAAUAAGGCUCAGAUGAUAGUGGUGAUGAUAACAAUAUUCUUUGUUAAUAUAAAGUUAUUAUUUAAUCAAAAUUUUGAUAAAAUUUAUAUGUUUUUAUUUUUCAAAUUCCUGUUAUAUUUCCGACAAAAAAUGCUUGCUUGAUGAUGAUUUCUCAAUAAAGACUUGCUGAGAAUAUCUUGAAAACCUAAAUUGUCACUAAGGUUAAUGUUUGCAUAAUAUGAUAAGAAGCAUGCCACAAAUUUCUAUGGCUCAUUUGAAUGCCCUGUUGGACCAUUUAAAUUUGCUUCAAAAUUAUGAGAUAUAUUUCAACUUUUUAAUUAACUAUAAACUUUCUUACUUUAAAAAGCAUUAUUAGAUCCUUACUCAGGCCUAAUAAGGAAAGUUCCAUACAUAAUAGGAUUAAUCCCAGAUUUUUAUUUUCAAAUUCCUUUAUUUUUUGAAAAAAAGCAUAAACAUAAUACUUUACUCCCUCUCCCAACAAAACUAUGAAUUUUAUUAGUUUAAAAGCAAUUUACAACCUAAAAUGAGGGACAUUACAAAUAGUUUAUCCUCCCACAGUCAAGGUCUUAGUGAAUAAGUUCACUAAAUCCUCAAAAUUAUGUCAAUUUUUUUUUUAAUAUUUUUAAUAAACUCCAAGGAAUAUAUACAUGAUACUUUAUUUUUCAUACUUCUAGUAAACACGUUUAUUUGUUCUAAACUUAAUUUUUUUGUCAGCUUUAAAAAACACAAUUUAUACUUCACCUAUUAUUUAUAGUACCAAAUGGUUUUAAUGGGCAUCGAGGAGUAAGGUUAAAUUAUAUAAAAUUUAAAUAUAUUGGAUGCAAGUUGAAUAGUUGAAUGGAAGAAGCAUUAAGAAACAAGCCCUCAGGGGUUUAGAAAUGAAGUUUCAUCUUCCUCUCAAUCUCUCUAUUAUUCUUUCAAUGAAAGAGUAAAGAGGGUUGGAUUUGUUGCAGGAGUAAGGAGAAAGGGAGAGACGGAUAAGUGCAGGAAGGUGUAAUGGCGGUGCAUAAAGAAGAGCUGGACUAUGUUUUGGUACCAAUGGGCCUCUUUCUCAUGGUGGCGUAUCAAGCCUGGCUUUUCUAUCGCGUUAUGAAGCACCCAAACACAACUGUUAUGGGCAUCAACUCCGCGAAUAGACUCAUCUGGGCUCGCACCAUGAUGCAGGACCCAGGGAAGAAUGGGGUGCUCGCUGUUCAAACCCUUCGGAACAACAUAAUGGCAUCGACCCUAUUGGCAUCAACGGCCAUCAUGCUCAGCUCCCUUAUCGCCAUUAUCAUGACCGGCAGCAAUGGCGUCUCCAACAACAACAACAAGAAGCAGGGUGGUCUUGGUGGUCCUCUAGUUUAUGGAGACACGAGCUCCCUCAUCUCCUCCAUCAAAUUCUUCUUGAUCAUCCUCUGCUUUCUCUCUGCUUUCCUAUUCAACGUGCAAUCCAUUAGGUAUUAUUCGCAUGCAAGCAUUCUGAUCAACGUACCGCUCAACGCGUGCCCACAAUCAGCGCCACUCACGCCCGAGUAUGUGGGGCGGGCCCUCAACAGGGGGAGCUUGUUUUGGUCACUGGGGCUGAGGGCAUUCUACUUCUCUUUCCCCCUCUUCUUGUGGAUGUUUGGGCCCAUUCCAAUGUUCCUCUCGUGUGUAGUGUUGGUUUUCAUGUUCUUCUUCCUUGACGUCUGCUUUGAUCUCAGGGUGUGCAACAUUGAGGAGGUGGUUGUUGAAGAAAAGGACAGUAGAAUAUAGGGACAACACCUUUCUGGAUUCUGUCUCAAUAUUCAAUCCAAGUUGAAUCAGUUGAGAUAGAGAUUCUUGUGUGUACCACUUUCUUUGUUGUCAUUUUAUAAUUCUUUUCUACCGUUCUUUUAGGUGUUGAAGAGCAGGACAAUAGGGUUUAGGGUCAAUUUUUUUUUUUUUUUUAUGUUAAUGGUGGGAAUGGAUGGUGGGAUGUUAUGUUGAGCAAUCAGGCCCCAACCAUCAAUGCCCCUGUCCCAUUCCCCAAUACCUUUCUGGGAUUUUGUCUCAGGAUUCAGCCCAAGUUGAAUCGAGAUGGGCUUCUUGUGUGUACCUUCUUGUGUGUUGUUAUUUUAGAAUUCCUUUCGAGUGAACGGGCUUUCUGUCACCCUGUCCAAUCCGCAUCCCUGUGGGCAGCCAUGGAGCAGAGUCUCACCUUUCCGGUGGUUUCUUCCUAAGGAAUUGAAGCGUUCAUUGGCUCUAGUAUUCUCUAAGGGCUUCUUAGCAAUCGGUAAAAGUUAACACAUUAAUGUAAAACUAGUUAUAUUACAUGCGUUGUACUUAGAAUAGAAUGAGCAUUCAUGUAAAUAAUCAUAUAAAUACAUAAUUGAUGAUUUCUUUGUUAUCAUGAAAUGAACACGUGAUUUUGUGA